AUGGGUCUUACGCUCCUGGAGUGGGCUUUAGCUGCCCUAGGGGCAUUCCUUAUCAGGCAUCUGCUCAGGUCAAAGCACUCGCCGCCGCCAGGUCCUAAACCACUUCCUUUCAUAGGAAAUAUCUUCGAUGUGCCAACAGACAAACCGUGGCUUACGUUUGUAAACUGGAAAGCUAAAUAUGGAGACCUCAUGUCCUUCACCAUCUUUAGACGCAGAAUGGUCAUCAUUAACUCUGCAGAAUUAGCGGCAGAUAUUUUAGACAAGAAGAGUGCGAUCUACUCUGACAGACCGCGGCUUGUUAUGGCUAGUGACCUUGUCGGAUUCAGCGAUUCGACUCCUCUCCUGCAAUACGGUGAAACGUUACGUGAACAUCGAAGCUUAAUCGGAAGUCGUACACUUAUGCACGAAUUUCAUCCAGUCCAGGAGAAUAUAAUACAUAACUUCUUACAAGAUGUUUUGAACAAUCCUGACUGUGGUGAUUUGAACACCCACAUUCGCAAAGGCCUCAUAUUAUCCCCCGAAGAAUGUCAGGAUGGAAACGACCCCUUGAUUACACUAGCGAACCACGCACUGGUCCAGUUCUCAGAACUAGUCGGCUUUGGUGCUUUUCUGGUCGACAUGCUACCGUUUUUGAGAUAUGUUCCAGAAUGGUUUCCGGGUGCAGGUUUUCAGAAGACUGCUAAAGCUUAUAGAGAAACAUUAAACGAGGCAACUGAAAGACCUUUCAAGUAUGUCAAAGACCAAAUGGCGAGUAAACUGCCAGGAAUUUUGAUUAACGCAGCUGGUAUUGCUCCUGUCUCGUUCAUAUCUAGCUGCCUUGAUAGGGCCGACUUGACAGCCGAAGACGAGAGUAUCAUCAAGUGGACUGGUUUUUCACUUUAUGUCGUCCAAAAGAAAGCACAAGCAGAGAUUGAUGCCGUUGUUGGCAACAAUAGAUUACCCACUCUGGCCGAUCGCGUUUCUCUUCCUUAUGUUGAGGCAUUAUCGCAGGAAGUCGUACGUUGGCAUGCAGUAGUAACAUCUACCAUUCAUGUUGCAAUGGAGGACGAUACUCAUAAUGGGUGUUUCAUUCCAAAGGGGUCAUACGUUUCUCCUAAUAUCUGGGCAAUACUUCACGAUGAACGAACCUAUAGCGAACCUGAACUAUUCAAACCAGAGAGGUUCUUAGGAGACCGUCCCGAACAUGAUCCCCGCACAGUUUCAUUUGGAUUCGGUAGACGCAUCUGCCCAGAUAUGUCUUUACAACAGCUACCUCUUGUACGCCUCGUGUUAAGCAUUCACCUUGCAGACGCAUCGAUUUUUAUCUCGUCUGCCAUGACUUUAGCAGUCUUCAGCAUUGAAAAGUACAUCGAGAAUGGAGUAGAAAUUACGCCCAAAGUCGAGCCCCCUACAUGCAUAAUGGCACACCUAACGCCCUUCAAAUGCUCAAUCAAGCCUCGUUCACUAGAGGCCGAAGCCUUAAUCCAUGAAACACCUAGUAUGUAG